CUGAAGAAUAUCCUGGAUGCAAAGGAGAAUGCCCUACAGUUACUUUGUGUUUCUCGUCGGAGAUCCUCCAUUAUAACAUUUUGAAUACCUUUCUUUGGUCAUUUUUCAAUAAGUCUAAUUUUUGCUUUUCAAUUUCUAUGUAAGUGUCAAUUUCGGUCACUUCUUUUUUACGUGGAUGCACUGGAGUGUCAGUAUUUCGGGAAAAAGAACGCGCGCAUGUGGGCUCCGAAUUUGGAAGAUUUGAAAUAGGAGACAAAAGAGUAACAUCGGUUUCUGUUUCCGUGUCGCUGGUUUCUGUUGCUGACACGCAGUCGUUCAAAUUACCCUGUGUAUUACUUGGCAUUAUAACGUCUUUUACGAACAUCCUUUGGUUGAAUGAAGGCUAUUUUCCUUUAUAUCCUCCUUGUUCUUCAGACCCAGGAUACCAAUUUUUUUUAGAAAUGGAAGACGGAGUGUUGAGCACAACUGGAUUAAGGUUUUUCGCAGUCGAUGAAGACCAUUACGAUCCUACUUGGCUGGCUAUCAAAAUCAUGCUCGCGUUUGCAUCCCCAGCGGUACUGUUGGUGAUGAUCAUGUGUGUAGCAGUGCACUGCUUGAACAAUAACUUCAAAAGGCGUUUUGAAGAGGAUAUUGAGGAAAACGUUGAAGUUGCUCAAGCUGAGGGUGAUUGUGACAGAUCCAGUUUGGACCAUAGAAAUCUGGUGAAUCAGAUUGAUCUAAUGGGACGCAUUUGUAAAGGAAGGCAAGUUUGGAAAGGGUUAUGGAGAGGAGAGUUAGUGGCUGUUAAAGUUUUACCGGCAAAGUAUAGGGUGGUCUGGAUGAAGGAGACAGAAAUAUACAGAAAUAUACAGAUAUGCGGAUUAAAAAAUAGUAUAUGGAAAAAAGAUGAUUCAGCGGUGAAAUAUUAUCUACGGCUUGUCCGUAAAAUAAGUUCCACGGGCUGCCGCCUACCCUAGGAUCGUUUCUAUGCACAGCCAGGCAACAGAGGCAGAUUGUUUGGUUCCCCC